AUGGACCCAAAGUUAUUAGUUAAAGAAGGCAAAAGCUACUAUAUUUAAUAGUUCUUCACAGGAUGCUUAGCAGAGAUGGCUUACUACAUCGAAUCAGAUAAAGUUGCUGUCAUCAUUGAUCCCAUGAGAGAUUAUCAAAGAUACAUCGACUUACUCAAUCAAAGAGGAGCUACUUUAAAGUAUGUAAUUGAAACUCAUUUCCAUGCAGAUUUUGUUUCCAGCCAUCUCGAUAUCGCAAAAAUCACUGGUGCCACUAUUGUUUUUGGUCCUACUGCUUCUCCCAAGUAUGAGAUUAAAGUUGCCUCAGAUGAAGAAAUCCUUGAAAUUGGCUCUGUCAAGCUUUAAGUUCUUCAUACUCCUGGCCAUACUCCCGAAAGCAGCUGCUAUUUAUUACUUGAUGAAAACAACACUGCUUAAUGCGUUUUCACUGGUGAUACACUCUUCUUGGGUGAUGUCGGCAGACCUGAUUUAGCAUGCAAUAGCAAUGUGACCAAAGAAGAUUUGGCUGGCUAGCUCUUCGAUUCUUUGAGAAGCAAAAUUUUCAAAUUGCCAAGAGACAUUAUUGUUUAUCCCGCUCAUGGUGCUGGCUCAUCUUGUGGUAAAAAUAUUUCUGAUGGUACCUUUGAUACUCUCGAAAACUAAUUCAAGACCAACUGGGCCCUCUAAGAGAGUGUCACUAGAGAAGAAUUCGUUUCCAGAUUAGUAAAGAUUUCUGCUCCUCCUUAAUAUUACUUCUAUGAUGCAAGAAUCAACAGAGAAGGAUACGAAAGUUUAGACAUCGUUUUAGAAAGAAGCACCAAGGCUUUGACUGUAGAUCAAGUAAAGCAAGAAGUACAAGAUGGAGCUAUCAUAGUCGAUGGCAGAUCUAAUCAAGAUUAUGUUCAUGAAUUCAUUCCUGGUUCUUUCUUCCUUUCAUUAGGUAUGCCCUUCGCCUAAUGGAUCGGAACAUUGAUCAAACCCGAAACAAAGUUAAUCAUUGUCGCUCCUGCUGGCUAAGAAAAGGAAGCUAUUGUCAGACUUGCAAGAAUCGGAUAUCACACUGUCUUGGGUUACCUUGACGGAGGAAUUAAUGCUUGGAAAAAUGCUGGUUUGCCUUUAGAUCACUCAAAGGACGUUACUGCUGAAGAUUUUGUUGAAAACUUAUCAAAUGGUAUCUAUGCUAUCGAUGUUAGAAAGCCUGACGAAUUAAUUAAUGGUGGAUCUGUUAAAGGAUUAAAGAACGUUGAAUUGACUGUUCUUGAAGCUGAAUUAACAAAAAAUCCUAACUUGUUCCCUAAAGAUUAAGAUUUGUAUAUUAUGUGCAGAUCUGGACAAAGAUCAGUUGUUGCUAUUAGCAUUUUAAAGAAAUUCGGUUAUGACAAAUUGAUCAACGUUGCUGGAGGCUUCAUUGCUGUUGAAAAAACUGGAGCUUCCGAAGUUGUUGGCCCUACUUGUACAAACUGA